GUCCCAGUCCCAGUCCCUUCUUUAUUAUUUGUCCUUACUUUUUUUGUCAUUCUUUCCUCACUCUCUCCAUUCCAUUCCUCCAUACAACACAACACAACAAUGAUGUCCAUCCUCCUCCUUCUCCUCCUUCCCAUCUCAUCCUCCCAACAAACCGAGUUCUUCUACGCCGGCUUCUCCAACAGCAGCGAUGCCAACACCAACACCAACACCAACAUCAGCCUCAACGGCGUUGCUGAGAUCGAAGACAACGGAAUCCUCCGUCUCACCAACGAAACCAGCAGGCUCAUAGGCCGCGCUUUCUAUCCAAUCCCGCUUCCCUUCAAGAACUCCACCUCCGCCUCCGUCUUCUCUUUCUCCACCUGCUUCGCCUUCGCCAUCGUCCCUGAGUACCCCAAGCUCGGCGGUCAUGGCUUUGCCUUCGUCAUCUCCACCUCCUCCUCCCUCCCUGGUGCCCUCCCCAGCCAAUACCUUGGUCUUCUCAAUGCCACCGACAAUGGUAACGCUACCAACCACGUCUUCGCCGUCGAGUUCGACACUGUUCAAGACUUCGAGUUUGGCGACAUCAACGACAACCAUGUCGGCAUCGACAUCAACAGUAUGACCUCCAAUGUAUCCAAAGCCGCUGCUUAUUUCUCCGAUGAUUUCACCAAACAAGAUCUCAAUCUUAAGGGCGGCGACACAAUCCAAGCUUGGAUCGACUACGAUGCCGUGUCCAAGGUGCUCAAUGUCACCAUCGCCCCCUCCUCCACGAAACCCACCAUUCCGCUCAUCUCUUUCCCCGUUGAUCUUUCGCCGAUUCUCCACGAUAACAUGUUCGUCGGUUUCUCCGCUUCUACCGGGCUUCUCGCCAGCUCCCAUUAUCUCUUCGGCUGGAAUUUCAAGAUGAACGGCGUCGCCAGAUCUCUCGACCUCUCUUCACUCCCUUCGUUACCAAAACCACCAAAGAAAAACACCAGCUUUGUCAUCGCCAUCUCCAUCACCUCCGUCGUAUUCGUUAUCGUCGUCGUCUCCUCCGCCGCUUACCUCUUCUACAAGAUAAAAAACGCCGACGUGAUCGAGUCCUGGGAGCUGGAGUGCGGCCCUCAUCGGUUCUCCUACAAAGAGCUGAAGCGAGCCACCAAAGGUUUCAGAGACCGCGAGCUCCUCGGUUUCGGCGGUUUCGGCAAGGUCUACAAAGGAACUCUCCCGGGAUCCAAAGAGGAAGUCGCGGUGAAGCGCGUCUCCCAUGAAUCCAGACAAGGGAUACGCGAGUUCGUGGCGGAGAUCGCGAGCAUCGGUCGGCUCCGGCACCGGAAUCUAGUCCAGCUCCAAGGCUGGUGCCGGCGCCGCGGUGAUCUCAUCCUCGUCUACGACUACAUGCCGAAUGGCAGCCUCGACAAGUACCUCUUCUCCGACCCCGAAACACAGCAACCACCAAAACCCCUGCUUUCAUGGCGCCAGAGGUUCCACAUUCUCAAAGGAAUCGCUUCAGCUCUCUUAUACCUCCACGAAGAGUGGGAGCACAUCGUCAUCCACCGCGACGUCAAGGCAAGCAAUGUGCUUCUCGACGGGGAACUGAACGGAAGGCUCGGGGACUUCGGAUUAGCGAAGCUCUACGAGCACGGGGCAAACCCGAGCACCACCCGUGUCGUCGGCACCUUGGGGUAUCUGGCGCCCGAGUUGACACGUACCGGCAAGUCGACGACGAGCUCGGACGUGUUCGCUUUCGGGGCGGUGGUGCUGGAAGUGGUGUGUGGUCGACGGCCGAUAGAGCCGAAGGCGUUACCGGAGGAGUUAGUGCUCGUGGACUGGGUUUGGGGUCUCUGGGCGGCGGGGAAAUGGGAGGACGUGGUGGACCCAAGGCUGAACAUGGAUUACGAUAGAAAGGAGGUGGAGCUAGCGCUGAAGGUGGGGCUUUCGUGUUCGCAUCCGGCGGCGUCGGCGAGGCCGAGGAUGAGGGAUGUAGUGAGGUACUUGGACGGCGGUGAGGUGCCGGAGGUGAGGAGCCCGCCGGAGGAAUAUGAAGGGAAGAGCCAGGUUGGGUUCGAUGACUACGUGCACUCGUACCCGUCGUCGUCGUUCGAGAAGGUGUCGUCGCAAUGCUCGGUGGCGGUCGGAGCCGGAGAAGCGGUGGUGGCGGUGGACAACCGGAAUGAAGUGGGGCCCUUUGGUUAUGCACCGCUGGCGUUGUUGUCACGUGGGAUGAAUGCAUGAAAAAACAGGGUGCUGGUGUUUUUUUUGGCUGUUUUGAUUGCUUUUCAUUUAUUGUAAAUAAAUGAGCUUUC